AGAGCCCGGUUUUACGCGAUAAACCAAACCACCGGCGUGUAAACCGCCGCCGCGGUGCCGUCGACGAUGGAAACGACCGGCGUUUAUCGGCACGCGUGCGUAAACUCCCGCGACUUUUAGUCGCUUUACCCGGGCCGUGAUUUACGAGCGCCGCGGCGCGGCGCGGCGAUCCGAGAAUUUCCGACGUGCUGUUUGCUACGCAGCGGUGGCCGCCGUGCCGCCGAAAAUUUCGCAAGGCGGACGAUAAACGAUGCGCGCGGAAUGAUCGCACGUCGUUCGCCCGCAGUGUUAAAUCCGCCCGCUGCGGUUUUCGUCCGCGGCCGUUUAUCCGAUUCGCCGCCCGCCCGCCCGCCGAGCAUGAGAUCAUCGUGACGUGACGGCGCGGCGGCGGCGGCGGCGGCGGCGAGACUUAAGAACGCGUCUCAAUUAGCACGGGAUUCCCGGGAUUCACGCUCGGCUUCAACGCGCGCAGCUUUGUCGCUGAAAAAGACGCGAUACUCCAGUCAGAUUAGAAUAUCGACGAUCGAUUAUCGCGCGAAUUCAGGGGAUUGCAAUGUGACGAGAGUCAAUUAAUUUCGAUAGUUGCUUCUUCUCGCCUCUCUCUCUAGUCGAGAUCUAGUCUUCAAUCUUCCGCGAUUCUCAAUCUUCAGUAUCUGAUCCGUUGCGUCACAUCACGCAAUUCGUCGUAGCGUCCGCGUUGAAUAUUUGAGGAAGUAAUAAACGGAGGAAAAACUUGCGGUAUCUACAAACUGCUACUCGGGCAACGACGGGUAAGACGAUUUUCAAACGAAACUUUCCUCGAGAUAACUGCUUAACGGGGAAAGCUGCGGUAAUGACGCAUUGCAUAGCAGCGAACUGAUUAAUCACAGGUGAGAUUCGCACGGAACACGGAGCGCGCAUCUUCCGCUUCUUCCCUGCCCAGAUCGACGAGCUUCGCGCGCGCGGAAACAAUCGGCGACGAUAUAAAACAAUAAUCAUCGUAGCAUGGAAGCGGAGCUAGAGAGUAAGAGAAAGAGAGAAAGAGAGCAGCCGCGCUCCGCCGCCCGUCGAAACUUCUGCCGUCGCGGAUCGCCGUGCACGGUAAUUUGCGUCUAAUUUAACGUACAGCGUCCCGGGGCGAUGCUGAUGAUCGCACCUUAACGAGCCUCUCCCACGCGCUACGCCUGCCUGCCUGCCUGCCUGCCUUCCAGACAUUGUCUCAAUUCCGCGCGGAGAAAAUCGCCGAUUUUCUCCGCGCGGAACGUACGUACGUACAAACUCGCGAUUAGCCGGGAUUUCACCUUAACGAUCCGUCGAUAACCUCGAUAUCUAGCCGUAAUAGCCGGCAGCGGCCGAGCGUCGGGAAACGGCACGCGGUCGUUCUCGUAAUAUUCGAGUCGCAGUCUCCGCGAGACCAGGUGAGGCCAAGCGAAGCGAAGCGGGCCGGGGCGGGCCAGAGCCGCGCGCGUCCCUCACGUUUCUAAUCGAAUCGGGCGCACCUCCUGAGCCUGCUGAGGUAUCAUCGCUCAGCAGCGCGCGCGCACAAAAAGACCAAUCGUUGCGACGGAAAGAGAACGGCGCGGGCUUUCCGCUUCAUCUGUCACGGUCGAGAGUCACGACGUCGUUGGCGACCUCCGCUUGUAAACUGAGAGAAAACACCGGCGACGCCGGCGAGGAUGACCGAAACACAAGUGGAGACAUCGUCGAGUUAGAUCGUCGUGUCUUAAUCCUCUCUCUCUCUCUGUCUCGGCCCUCUCUGCCCAUCCCCGUCAUCGUCGUCGUCGUCGUCGUCGUCCAAUUAUCUCUUUUCCCGCGCGGCCCGGCAAUUGGCGUAAUUCGCCCGUCUCGAAGGCAGCCCCGAGAACUGCCUUCAGGAAUAUCGAAGGAACUUGUCGCAGAAAAGCCAAGUGUGCGACGGCUUUCGGAUACGUUAAUGGCAACACGAGGACCACACCGUCCUUCCCCCCGCCCGUGGGAAUUUGCAUGUGAAUUCUCACGGACUUUAGCGAGAUAUAAUUUUGCCGCGCAAGGGGGAGAGUCGGAAGGAAACAGGAGCGGAAAGGAGGGAAGGAAACGCGGGAUCGGUCGCCCAGUCGCCUGCUGCGUGCGCGAGGGGAAGAAGCCGAUGGUGCAACCGGUGGCUUCCCUUCAGGAUGUUAGGGACAGAUGGACCGUGAAACUUAUCAUCCGCCGAGAUCGUCGAGCGCCGGCACCAACAACCUGCCGCCGUUGACGUUCCACCACGUGCACGGCGACAACAUCCGGCUGUGCAAUGGCGGCACGAUCGCCAGGAGGCACGAGAGCUUUUGCAAGGGUGUCACCUUUAGCGCCAGACCCGUGCGAGUGGGCGAGAAGGUCUGCGUAAAGUUCCUGGAGAUAUCCGACAAUUGGAGCGGCGUGAUCCGCUUCGGCUUCACCAGCAACGACCCGAUCAAUCUGAGGAGUGGCCUGCCGAGGUACGCGUGUCCCGACUUGACGAAUAAGCCGGGCUACUGGGCCAAAGCGUUAGCCGAGAGAUUUGCCGAGCGGGACACGGUGCUCUUCUACUACGUAACCUCGGCGGGCGAUGUUCACUUCGGCGUCAACGGCGAGGAGAAGGGUCUCUUCUUCAGCGGCGUGGAGACGCGGGGCCCGUUAUGGGCGAUCAUCGACGUCUACGGCAACAGCACUGCGAUCGAGUUCGUCGAUCCGAACCGGCAACACUUCAACAACAUCAGGCGAGGCGCCGAGCACAGCAACGAGGAUAACGCGCAGCACAGCAGGCACUCGGCGAUGGACGACGCCAGCAACGCCGGCAGGGACGUCGAAAGGAUCAUCGUGCCGUCCAUGCAGAGCUUGUCGAUCCAUCAUGAGCCCGACGUCGAGCUGCCCGGGCUCAGGUUUCAACCUGCCGGCGUCAUCUUCACCCCGCUGCCCUUCCACUCCACUCGGGGCAGGAACAUCCGCUUCAGCAACCAGCAGUGCGUGGCGACGCGCACCGACACGGAAUUCUGUCACGGCUACGCCUUCACGAGCCGGCCGUUGCUGCUGGGUGAACGGUUGGUCGUGCAGAUCCUCUCUACCGAGCCCAUGUACGUAGGCGCCCUCGCAUUGGGCUUGACCUCGUGCGACCCUGCACGGCUGUCUCCGGACGACCUACCGGACGACAGUGACCUGCUUCUGGACCGUCCCGAGUACUGGGUGGUCUCCAAAGAUGUGGCGUCUAGUCCGCAACCCGGCGAUGAGAUCGCUUUCACGGUGACCCACUACGGAGAGGUGCAGAUGAGCAAGAACGGCGGCCCGCCGAAUGUCGUCAUGCACGUCGACCAAAGUCUGCAGUUGUGGGCAUUUGUAGACGCUUACGGUAGCACUCAGAGGGUCAGGAUGUUGGCCAGUAGACCGACAUCGCCGCCACGGCAACGUCAGAGCAAUCCUUCACCAGCCAAUGUCGUGCAGCAGCAGCAGCAGCAGCAGCAGCAGCAGCAGCAACAGCAGCAGCAGCAACAGCAGCAACAGCAGCAGCAGCAGCAGCAGCAACAGCAACAGCACUCGAACCACAGCAACGCUGCCACGGAACUGUCUCGAUUCUCCGAGAUGGUACAGUUCAAGCCGGCGGUGGGUGGCGGCACCGUUCUCGUUGUCAACCUGCCACCUCAGGCAGGCUACCCUACCCCUCCGCCGCCGCCCACGCCGCAACCGAUCUACGCGUCGGCGAACGCGCACGCCAGAAACGCGCAGCAACCGGCGCAACAGCAACAGCAACAACAACCGGCGCACCUGUCGUCCGCAGCGGCUCCGGCACCGGUGCCGCACCCGGGCUCCUCCAGACAGUCCUCGCCGCCGCUUACCGGCACCAUGGCCAGUACCGGCUCGUCCACCUACGUGGACCCGGUCACGUACCAGAGUCUAGACGGCACUCUGACCUCGCACUCGCACGCUUCCUCCCACUUGCAGCAAUGGAGCGAGAGCCUGCAACCGACGCUGACCGGUCAGCCGAGCGAGUGCUCCAUUUGCUACGAGAGGAGCAUCGACAGCGUGCUGUACAUGUGCGGUCACAUGUGCAUGUGCUACACCUGCGCGAUCCAGCAAUGGCGCGGCAAGGGUGGCGGUCACUGUCCGCUCUGUCGCGCGCCGAUCCGCGACGUCAUUCGCAUCUACCGGUCCUGAACGUCGUCUCGGCCGGGUCGUGACCGGGCCCACGUUGUGGGUUAAGAGGCGAGUGUGAACGUCUUCCCGGUUCCCACCGCCGUCGCCCAGUAUCAUCAUUACCGUGCUUCCGUCGUCGUUUCCUUCCGCAGCGCUUGCGCGCUCGCUCGCAUGCGUGCGUGCGUGCGUGCGUGCGUGCGUGCGUGCAUGCGUGCGCGUGCGAACACCCCGCCGCGGUUCAUCCGGAGCGCUUCUCGCCGCGCAUCCACCGCCGGGACAAACGAUACAGCCUCUAACACCGUCUGCGAUACACCAGCACGAGCGUCGGGAUAAUCGCGAGUCGCCGCUCCCUCUCACACUGCCGUAUUAUCAAUUCUUUUCUACUGGACAGCCGGGCCACGUAACAUGUUUCGCGACGAAGCCAACGAGGUGGAUGUGCGCACACGCACAUAUCGAGCCACCCUAAAAGUUUCUCCGGGAGAUAGAUUGCUUCGCGCGACCAAAGGAACAACAGU